UACACUAGAUCGUACGUACCGUGCUGCCAUGUGCUUUUUCAAGUUUUAUACAUGUCUUAAGUUUCUAUGUUGCAUAUCUCAUGUAUAAUAUUUUAUCUGUGCGACUUUAAGCUUAUAAAGCGUAUAGUGCUAGCUAUUAUAAACAAACCCAAGUUUAGAUUGUGCUGAGCUGGAGGUACGAAUUUGUUCUGAACCUAUUGACAUUAAUUCUUGGACUCUGGUCAGAUAUCAGCUUGACUAUUAAUGAACAGGAAUACUGAGCCGGAUAGCCAAAACCAGUGCACUCACUCGACUCGGUGACGAUAAUUAUAUACGGAUGGCGCUAUACAAUACAUAAACCGACAUGUGCUUUUGGAUUAUAUUUAAUUGUCGCCUUUAAAAUUCUAUGUCUAUGAAAACAUUCAGCAAAAAAUGUGUGAAUUCUGAAAAUAUGUGAUGCUGUAGAACGAGCUUUGGAUAAUUAAAGCUUUCCCUUUCCAACUGUGAUAUUAUAAAAACCAUGAUCGGAUCUUCUUUAUCCCUAGUGGAUUCUACCUCAUUGGCCUCUACUCAGGCGGUCGUGGUUCGAAUCCUCAUCAUCUUUAUGGUUCUGACGCCCACGUGGUCUGAACUGUCAGGUGAUGAAAUAUACAUUGACACUCCUAACCAACAUUCCAUGACCGAAGAUUUCGAUAUAACCAUUCCAAAAUUGUAUGACUCGGAAGGACAUUAUGUCUCACACGAACAAUUACGUCUUCAUUUCCAUCAACAACAAUUCCAUCACCCUGGCAACAGGGAAAGACGAGAUACGUCAUAUCAAAAACCUAACGUUAGUGAAUUACAAGCGGACGUGGAAGGAUUCGGACAUAAGUUUCAAAUUAAACUGUGGCAGAAUCAGCAAUUGUUAGCGCCAGGAUUUAAAGUUUAUAGGCGUGGUCACCAAAGACAUGGCAUGCAAGAAGACCAAGCGGAGACAACUCGAGCUUGGUCACAAUCUCAGUGCCAGUAUACCGGAAGUGUGACGUCACACAACGGUGCUCCAGUCUCGAUUUCACUGUGUGAUGGCGUUAGCGGAGUAAUACGAACAGCUGAGGAGGACUUUAUUCUGGAGCCAAUCAAACGGCACCGUGUACGCGGGAAACAAGGUCAAGGUCAACCACACAAAAUAACGCGACGUUCAUCACAGCCCACUGACCAAAACCAGUAUUGUGGCAAAGGAUCUCAAGAGAGAACGGCUACUUACAGUAGUCGGACAGGCGUCGUCAAUAAAACAGGGAAUCAGCAACACUCCAUUAAAAAGAGAUCGCCUUUCAAAUCCCGCUUCCCGUCGCCGCAUCUAGCGCCAGAAGAUAAGACGGUGGAGACGUUGGUUGUGGUGGAUAAGACGAUGUACUACAGACACGGAGACGAAAAUAUCACUACCUACACUCUCACUCUGUUUAAUAUGGUAGCUGAUUUGUACAAAGACACAAGUCUUGGGAACAAGCUGGAUAUUGUAUUGGUCGGGUUGAUUCUUCUAGAAGGAGACGAGACUGGUCUUGAGAUUGGUAACCAUGCCGACAAGACGCUAAACAGUUUCUGCUCCUGGCAGUCAGUGCUGGUUGGACCAAAGGGGAGACAACACGACCACGCUAUUCUUCUCACGGGCAUAGAUCUGUGCUCCUACAAAAACGCGCCGUGUGACACACUUGGUUUCGCCCCUAUAGAAGGAAUGUGUAACAGGAUAAGAAGUUGUACGAUAAAUGAAGACACUGGACUCUCCACAGCUUUUACCAUCGCUCACGAGAUGGGCCACAAUUUUGGUAUGUUCCACGACGGUGAAGGUAAUUACUGUACACAGUCAGCCGGUACUAUUAUGUCUCCGACCCUGAUGGGCAAAGAUGGUCUGUUCCACUGGUCAAUCUGCAGCAAGGCCUACCUCAUGCGCUUCCUCAAUACUCCUCAGUCGGACUGCCUCUCUAACAAACCCAAACACGUGGCCGAGCUGACCUUUCCAGAAAAGCUACCAGGAGAACUCUACAACGCUGAUAUACAGUGCAAAUGGCAGUUCGGAAAACGCGCCAAACUUUGUACCUAUGACUUCGGAAAGGACAUAUGUAAGUCCCUAUGGUGUUACCGGGGCAAGAAGCGGUGUGAGACGAAGUUCCUUCCGGCUGCAGAGGGCACCUCCUGUGGUUCUGGUAUGUGGUGUCGACAGGGGGAGUGUGUAAGAUUUGGUCAGGACGGUCCGGAACCAAUUGACGGCCAAUGGUCAGAGUGGGCGGAGUGGUCAGAUUGUUCCCGGUCGUGUGGAGGGGGAGUCACCCUCCGAGAGAGAGAAUGUAACCAGCCACUUCCACAAUAUGGCGGACGACCUUGCCAAGGAGGUGACAAGGUGUUUAAGAUGUGUAAAAUGGAGGAAUGUCCCGAGGGGGACGAGGACUUCUAUGCCGUACAAUGUACAUCUUACGACAAGAAACCUUUCAGAGGAUGGUACUUGAAAUGGAAGCCUCACAAGAAACUUCAAAAUGUCCGGGAGCCAUGUAAGCUGCACUGUAUUGCUGAGACGUUCAACUAUGUGUUCACGAUCACACAUACCGCAGUGAACGGAAUGAAGUGCCAGGACCAUCAGAGCAUAUGUGUGGAGGGCACGUGUAAGCCAAUCGGAUGUGAUUUGAUAUUGGGGUCCAAUUCGUCCAACGAUGCGUGUGGCGUCUGCAAGGGAGAUAAUUCUACCUGCCGGAGAAUCAAAGGGGAGUACACGGAACAGCCAAAGCUGAACACAUACUUUCCGGUGGCCAUCCUCCCGAAGAAUUCUCGUUCAAUACGCAUCCUAGAAAAGUCGUUGACCUCCAACUACAUAGCGAUCCGCGACAUCUUCGGGAAGUAUUACCUUAACGGACAGCGUCGUGUAGCGUGGCCGGGUGAAUACACAUUCGGAGGAGCAAGAUUCUACUACCGGCGUGCGUACGAUGAACCGGAAGUACUUGUGAGCACAGGACCUUUGACCGAGGAUCUUGUGAUAGAGAUCCUCGUCCAAGAUCACAACACCGGGAUUUCGUACGAGUAUUACAUGCCCCGCCCUCCUAACGACACGAUGAUGGUGACGGAAACCCCCAAGACAUAUACAUGGAGUAUAUCAGUAUCCUCCUGUUCCGAACCCUGCGCGGGGGGAUCAAAGACUGUAACUGCGCUAUGUCACAAGAAUUUGUAUCAGGAAGUGAACUCGACGGAAUGCAACCAGGACGAGAAACCAGAAACAGGAAUGUUUCCCUGUAACGAGAUGGCUUGUCCACCAAGGUGGAUCCCUGAGGAGUGGCAAGCCUGUACCAGGACUUGUGGAGGGGGACAUCAGAAGCGGAAAAUAUACUGUCGUCAGACGAUUUCUUCUACCAAGAAUAAGAAGCUACGUCGAUCCUCGUGCACACAUCUACCACGCCCCCUCCGGUCACGAAGGUGUAACGAACAAGAGUGCCACCCUGACUGGCACGCCGGGAAAUGGUCAAAGUGCUCAGUUAGCUGUGGUAUCGGGGAACGAACACGUAAGGUCACGUGUCGUCAAAGGUUGCGCAAAGGUUAUAAACUUCUACAGGAAACAAGCUGCCAGGCAUCCAAACCAGAUAUUAUCAAAACGUGCCGGAAGAGGGCGUGUCCAAACAGAGAUAAUAACGAUUGGCACCUGUCACCAUGGGGACCGUGUUCUAAAACCUGUGGGCGAGGGGUUCGUUCGCGUUACCUAAGAUGUCGGCAAAAAAGCGUUACGGGGACACGUAAAUACGUGGCCGUCAACAACAGUCUUUGCGAGACGGUUCCCAAACCCAGCGUCGCCAUGACGGAGCCCUGCCAGCUGAUGAUCUGCCCUAUGUCGCUCGUCUGGUCCCUGCGGUGGACGGUAUCAGCGUGGUCCCAGUGCUCAGUGACGUGUGGCGAUGGCGAACAGAGAAGGCAGGUGAAAUGCGUCAACCAUAGAGGCGAAGCGGUCCGCGGAUGUGAUCCGGAAACGAAGCCAGAGACGUCGCGGAACUGUCGUAGUGCUAGCUGUGUACAAAAUGGAUCUGGCUGCCUCGAUAAAUAUGCCUGGUGUCAUUUGGUCCCAGAACAUAAUGUUUGUGACCACGAUUUCUAUGGUCUCAACUGCUGCGCGACCUGCAGGACUCGCAGAUAGUACGACAUGACGAUUACACCAUCCACAGCAGUUCUGUUAUCGUAUCAGUAACAUUUACGUUUCAAAGACAAUUUUGAAGAACUUGAGUAUGUCUGAUUGGCAGGGAAAAGAAACCAGGGAUGUAAAUUCCUUCAGUAACGUUUUGUCACCAGGAACCCUUUCUAACGGACUAUCACGACCCUGUAUUAGGACAACACUUUGCCACGGGGGAUCCGCGACAUUAUUGGACUGAAAAUAAGUGAUUGAUCUCUCUGAUAUUUUAAAGGAUAUUUGAUAGUGUAUAUGUCAUGAAUUGCAGUGAGAUCGUUAAAUAGGUGAAUGAGGACUAGAGAGUGAGAAUGUAGAUGUGUUCAUCAUCAGAGGUACCUUGCGCCUCACGUCCAUUUCAUAUAAUAUCAUAUGUUGUAUAAAGACCGUCGUUCAAUGCAGAGAAAUACUACUCCAUACGAUAAAUAUUCCUAGGUGCAUAUUGCUAUCUUAGGUAGACUUCCAUUUUAAUUUAUAAACAUGAAGGCAUUUCUUGUGACUUUUGAUAUAAUUUGAUAUGUUUAUAUUUCUUUUGAUAUCGUUUAAGUUUUUCGUAUCGUUAAAUGGUCACUUCGUCAGUUAAAGUAACGUUUG